AGUAUUAUUGCUUAAUAAAUUGUUGCAGUUGGACUCGGAGCUACUCCCAAGCGACCAUGGCUCUGAUGCACGUUUGGCAAAGCUGUUAAUCAGCUUCAUCUCCUCCUGCGAGUCAGACUAUAAAACUACAUUUAUGACAAAACCCAUACUUCCAAUCCACCUCAAGUUCUUGAGAAAUUGCCCAAAGCUUAGUUGCCAGCAACUUCAAUUCUGUGCCAGAAACCAAACCCCUUCUCAAGGCAAAAAACUGCAUGCCCACUUUAUCAAAUCAGGUUUAGACCAAUGUGGUACUCUUCCCAACAACCUCCUUGACAUGUACGGCAAAUGUGGUCUCAUUCAAGACGCCCUUCAAUUGUUCGACGAAAUGCCCCACAGAGACCUAAUUUCAUGGGCUUCACUUCUCACUGCCCACAACCAAGCCAAUAUCCCCCAUCGUACUAUCACCUUGUUCCCCAAAAUGUUCGCUCUUGAUGGGUUAAAACCAGAUCAUUUUGUCUUCGCUUGCCUCGUCAAGGCCUGUGCUAGCUUGGGUGCCUUAAAGCUGGGUAAACAAGUCCAUGCUGGAUUUUUAUUAUCGCUGUUUUGUGAUGAUGAUGUUGUUAAGUCCUCCCUCGUUGAUUUAUAUGCUAAAUGUGGGUUACCGGAUAGUGCACGUUUAGUUUUCGAUUCAAUUUCUAGGAAAAAUUCAGUUUCUUCGACGGCUAUGAUUUCUGGGUAUGCCCGAAGUGGACUAAAAUCGGAAGCUGUUGAACUCUUGCGUGGUAUGGCGGAGAAGAAUUUGUUUUCUUGGACGGCUUUGAUAUCUGGGUUGGUACAGAGUGGACAAUGGAUUGAUGGGUUUAAUCUCUUCAUUGAAAUGAGGAGAGAAGGGGUUGAUAUUAUAGACCCUUUUAUUCUUUCGAGCAUUGUUGGAGCCUCAGCUAAUUUAGCAGCGUUGGAGCUUGGAAAACAGAUUCAUUGCUUAGUUUUAUCUCUUGGUUAUGAAUCUAGUUUAUUUGUUAGUAAUGCACUUGUUGAUAUGUAUGCUAAAUGUAGUGACAUACUAGCAGCAAAAACCAUUUUUGAUACUAUGUGCCACAGAGAUAUAGUUUCUUGGACUUCAAUUAUAGUUGGGAUGGCCCAGCAUGGACAAGCAAACGAAUCAUUGUCUCUGUAUGAUGAGAUGAUUUCAGCUGGAUUAAAGCCAAACAAAGUGACAUUCGUGGGACUCAUAUAUGUUUGUAGCCAUGUCGGGUUAGUUAGCAAAGGUCGUUAUCUUUUCAAAUCCAUGGUUGAGGAUUACAAAUUAAGUCCUUCUCUGCAGCAUUACACAUGCUUAUUGGAUCUUUUUAGUCGAUCAGGGCACCUUGAUGAGGCUGAGAAUCUCCUCAAGACAAUGCCAUUCAAGCCUGAUGAGGCUGCUUGGGCCGCUUUAUUAAGUGCUUGCAAGCGCCAUGGGAAUACCCAAAUGGGAGUUCAAGUUGCUAAUCAUCUGUUGAGCUUAGAACCCAAAGAUCCGUCAACUUAUAUUCUGUUGUCUAAUACUUAUGCUGGUGCUUCUAUGUGGGAGAAUGUAUCUAAGGUUAGGAAGCUGAUGGGUGUCAUGGAAUUUAAAAAAGAACCCGGUUAUAGUUGUAUUGAGUUAGGAAAAGAGAGCCUUGUGUUCUAUGCUGGAGAGACAUAUCAUCCUAUGAAAGAUGAGAUAUUUGGUUUGCUUAAAGAGUUGGAUGAAGAGAUGAAGAGAAGAGGUUAUGUUCCUGAUACUAGUUUGGUUUUACACGACAUGGAACAGCAUGAGAAGGAAAGACAACUAUUUUGGCAUAGUGAGAGGUUAGCUGUUGCUUAUGGGUUGCUUAAGACUGUUCCUGGGACAGUUAUAAGGAUAGUGAAGAAUCUCCGUGUUUGCGGUGAUUGCCAUGCUGUUCUAAAACACAUUUGUAGCAUUGUGAAAAGGGAAAUUAUUGUUCGUGAUGCCAAUCGAUUCCACCAUUUUGUGGAUGGUAGAUGUUCGUGUCGCGACUUUUGGUGAUUGCAAUUUUGGUUGUAAAGCUAUGCUGCUUCUAAAUGUAAAGAGGAAUCGAAAACAAUCAUUUAAUUACAAAUUUUGUAAUUAGUUUUGUGGUUAAUUUUGUGAGAAUGGUAUCGUCCCAUUAGUAACCAUCAAUUCUAGAAAUAUAAAUUUUACUUAUCCUA